AUGCGACGAGCGAGGAGAACCCUCGCGUCGUCCACGUGGCGUUCGAUCCGCUCUUGGCAGAGGUGGAGCAGCAGCACGACGACCGCGCGUGCGAGUGGUGGCUACGCGCGCCUGCACGGCGCGCGGAAGCCGUUCCGCGUACACUCCGACGACCCGCGGAAGCGCCACCUGCACGGCGAAGGCGUGGGCGUGGGGGACGAGGAGGCGGACGACGGGACGCUAGAGGGGAGCGAGCUGGCGGAACGACUUGAGGCACGACCACUCGAGCCUCUCCUCUCCCGCCGCCUCUCCCCUUGGGGCUCUCCACUCAACCCCCAACGCCAUCUUCCCCCACCCUUCUCCCAUACUUCCCCCUCACUUCUAACGCUCCCCCUUCCCCUCUGCAGACAACUUGCUGCAGCUGAGGGAGUCCUCACCCCCCUCGCCCUUCUUCUUCUGCCUCCCGCCGCCCUCGCGUUCCAUCACAAUCGACUUCCCAACGCACUCCACCCUCCGUGUCCCGUCAGCCCGUCCAAUCGCACGUACCAUCGCAUGUCCCGUCGAUCCCUCUUCAGGUCCUUGUUACCGUUCCCUCGCUCUCUCCCCCCCCUUCCCGUCGCCCUCGCUCUCUCCCCUCCCUCUCCGUCGCCCUCGCUCUCUCCCCUCCCUUCCCGUCGCCCUCUUUCUCUCCCCUCCCUUUCUGUCGCCCUCGCUCUCUCCCCUCCCUUUCCGUCGCCCUCGCUCUCUCACCUCCCUUUCCGUCGCCCUCGCUCUCUCACCUCCCUUUCCAUCGCCCUCGCUCUCUCACCUCCCUUUCCGUCGCCCUCGCUCUCUCACCUCCCUUUCCGUCGCCCUCGCUCUCUCCCCUCCCUUCCCGUCGCCCUCUUUCUCUCCCCUCCCUUUCCGUCGCCCUCGCUCUCUCACCUCCCUUUCCGUCGCCCUCGCUCUCUCACCUCCCUUUCCGUCGCCCUCGCUCUCUCCCCUCCCUUUGCGUCGCCCUCGCUCUCUCACCUCCCUUUCCGUCACCCUCGCUCUCUCCCCUCCCUUUUCGUCGCCCUCGCUCUCUCACCUCCCUUUCCGUCGCCCUCGCUCUCUCCCCUCCCUUCCCGUCGCCCUCGCUCUCUCACCUCCCUUUCCGUCGCCCUCGCUCUCUCACCUCCCUUUCCGUCGCCCUCGCUCUCUCCCCUCCCUUUCCGUCACCCUCGCUCUCUCACCUCCCUUUCUGUCGCCCUCGCUCUCUCCCCUCCCUUUCCGUCGCCCUCGCUCUCUCACCUCCCUUUCCGUCGCCCUCGCUCUCUCCCCUCCCAUUCCGUCACCCUCGCUCUCUCCCCUCCCUUUCCGUCGCCCUCGCUCUUGUCGAAAUAUAUGGAUAUCAUUAUCUAG